AGGGCUGUCCAUACUCGGGAUCGGGUCGGGUCAUACGUUAACCCGAGUUUAAGAAGUCCAUCGUCAUUCACCCCAAUUCUCAGAAGACAAAAAACCCUAGAUGCUGCCCGGGGUUUCUCAAUUCACCUUUCACGGUUGAGAAGAGCUCCAAGAAGAAGAAAGGCAAUGGCGAACGAACGGCAGAGAAAAGCUAGAAAGCGGUUCAAGGAAGCUCACCCGGAGCUUUUCCCCGAUCCAGAACCGGCUGCACCCGAAGACCUGGAUAAGAAGAAGAAGAAGAAUAAGAAGAAACGGAACAAUUUAAAGCGCAAAAGACCCGAUUCCGAAGACGCCUCGAACCUGAAGAGGCGUAAACGACAUCCCCUUAGAGUCCCCGGAAUGAAACCCGGUGAAAGCUGCUUCAUUUGUAAAGCCAUAGACCACAUCGCUAAAAAUUGCCCAGAAAAAGCUUCAUGGGAGAAGAACAAGAUAUGCUUGUUGUGUAGGAAACGUGGUCACAGUCUCAAGAACUGCCCAAACAAAACGGAUGACACUAUGGACAAGAAAUUGUGUUACAAUUGUGGAGAAACUGGGCAUUCUUUGGAGAAAUGCCCCAUACCUUUGCAGGAAGGGGGGACAAAGUUUGCCAGUUGCUUUAUAUGCAAAGAACGCGGGCACUUAAGUAAGAACUGCCCUAAAAAUACCCACGGGAUCUAUUUGAAGGGUGGUAGCUGCAACAUUUGUGGUGGCAUUACACAUUUGGCCAAACAUUGUCCCAACAAAAUUAGCACAAAUGCAACUCAUGGAUCCAAUAAAAGAUUUAAAAUUGAAGACCUACCAACAGGGCAAGUCACCAAAAUCACAGGCGGCGAUGAUCUGGAAGACGACUUCAUGAUAGAGGAGCAAUCAAAGGAAGAGGACAGUGCUAAAGUGAAGAAGAAACGACAGGGACCCAAAGUUGUCAACUUUGUAGGCUGAAAUGAUAUAAAUCUCUGGGAAACGAAAGAAAUAUGAACCUUACGUUGCGAAUUUUGAAAUAUUGGGGGCGAGUUGAAUUGUCCUGAUAAUGAGCACAACUGCAAUUCUUGAUUCGGGAUCAUUUAGGUCAUGUUUGGUUGGGGAUAACGAUUUUUUUUAUAAAUGGAAUGGAAACCAUCGCGGCUGGUCGUUUGAUUUG